AUGGCAAGAUUUCUCAUUCUUUUUUGGGUGCUACGACUUGCAGCAGUUAUAGCAGCUGCUGAGAAUCCCCACAUCACAGACCUUCCUGCCUUUGGUUCACUUGCGCCAUGCGCUGCUUCAGGUGUUUCCUACGUCGUCGAAGGCCUGACGGGGAGCAAAUGUCCGACUGAUCUCGCCCAACUUGUGUCUUGCGCCUGUACGAAAGAUUCGAACUCGGCUGUGGUAUUAGCGAGCAUCACCAGCAAUGUCAAGUAUUACUGUGCCUCGACGGCCACCGAAGAUAUCGCAUCGGCAUCCGCAGUGUUCAGUGGCUACUGCAAUCAAGGGGGAAGCGUCUCAGCAGCUCCAACCACGAAAGCAAGUGGAAGCACGGUUUCUCAAUUUAUCACCGACCUGCCAGCCUACAUGGACCUCGCGCCUUGCGCUGGUUCAGCCAUCUCCUAUGCCGUUCAACACCUUAGCGCGAGUAAAUGUCCUGCGGAGGCGUCGGGGCUCCAGAGCUGUGCGUGUACGAAGGACCAGAACUCGGUCGCAGCGAGCCAAUCUAUCAACAGCCAAGUCAAGUAUUACUGUGGCUCAACUCAUACCGAAGAUAUCACCUCUGCGCUAGGCGUGUUUGCUGGUUAUUGUGGUCUGCCGUCAACGAGCAACUUUCCAUCGGCUUCCAACCUUCCAGGACGUGUCAGCUACUAUAUUACCGACUUGCCUCAGUUCGAGUCACUGGCUCCAUGUGCUAAAUCGGGCGUUUCCUAUCAAGUAGGAGCACUAACCAGGAGUAUUUGUCCCAUAGAUCCUAUGGCCCUGGUAUCAUGUGCUUGUGUGAAGGACAACAAUUCCCAGGGGAUGUCCGCUGAUCUUACGAGCCAGGUAAAAGCCUACUGUGGUUCUACAGCUAGUGCAGAUAUUACCAGCGCAUUGGCGGUAUUCGAUUUCUACUGCAGUGCCGGUAAAGGGUUGGUAACUCCACAAGGCGUAACAGCUUCGGUAACUGGUGGAAGAACAGCCACAGCAGGCAAGACUUCAGGAAGAUCGACGGCGACUGGAGGUACUGCUGGCUCGUCCGACUCAGACUUCAACCGUACAGUCUCAAAAGCCGUGCCCAUCGCUGCUAUCGCAGGCGGUGUGAUUGGCGGUCUGAUCUUCAUCGCCGCUGCUCUCUUCCUCAUAUUCCGAUACCGACGGCAACGUCGGCGGAACCAACCCUCUCGCCCAAUGAAUCUGAACCCUAACCCAGGAUUCCAACCUCAACCUCAACCACCACCACCAGGCUAUGAUUACGGCAAAACAGAGCUCCCUGAUAACCAGACGACCUAUAUUCCUCCUCCAGCUCCAAUUGCGCGAAAACCUACCCCCCUGAAUCCCCCAGUAAGCCCUAUGAGCGAGAAGACGCAUUCAUAUGUUGGCACGCAAGCCAGUGAGAUGCCGACCCCACCCGCGCCUGUGAGGGCCGAAUUGCACCCUGACGCGGCCAUGACGCCAAACCGGGCGGAGAUGGCCACUCCAACUGGCUUUCCCCCACAAGAAUUACCACCGAACCAACAGCAGUAUGGGCAUCCAAGCCCAAACCAGUACCACGAGGUCCCUGGCAUGAGCGCAACCUCGGGACCUAUAUAUGAGAUGGACGGACGGCACGGGCAUGCUUAG